GGAGGGCAGCUAAAGUUCUAGGGACUUUGCCCUUGACCCGAGGAUAUAAAGAGAAGGGUCUUGGUUCUUCUUUAGAUUUCCCCAAGCAGCCGACCAGGAGCUGAGACUUAGAACCUCAAGGACUCACCGUGGGUACCCAGCAUGAUGUCCUAUGGGGACAGAGUCGGGGGACCCGCUGUCUCCCCACUUCCAGUUCGUGGGAGACCAGUGGUGCAUGGGACAGCCUUUGCUUAUGUGCCCAGCCCACAAGUCCUGCACAGGAUUCCAGGGACAUCCACCUAUGCAUUCUCCAGUCUAAGCCCCGUGACCCUCACAGAGCACAGUUGUCCCUAUGGGGAGGUCCUGGAAUGCCAUGACCCCCUACCUGCCAAGCUGGCCCAGGAAGAGGAGCAAAAGCCAGGUGGGCCAGAGCCCAGGCUGCCCCAGAAGUUGCUCCAGGCUGGCACAAAGCUCCUCAAGGUCCCGCUGAUGCUGGGCUUCCUGUACCUCUUUGUUUGCUCCCUGGACGUGCUCAGCUCCGCCUUCCAACUAGCUGGAGGGAAGGUGGCUGGUGAUAUCUUCAAGGACAAUGCCAUCCUGUCCAACCCAGUGGCAGGGCUGGUGGUGGGGAUUCUGGUGACAGUCCUGGUGCAGAGCUCCAGCACCUCGACAUCCAUCAUUGUCAGCAUGGUCUCCUCUGGCUUGUUGGAGGUGAGCUCUGCCAUUCCGAUCAUCAUGGGCUCCAACAUUGGAACCUCGGUCACCAACACCAUCGUGGCCCUAAUGCAGGCAGGGGACAGGACUGACUUCCGGCGGGCUUUUGCAGGGGCCACAGUGCAUGACUGCUUUAACUGGCUGUCUGUUCUGGUCCUGCUGCCACUGGAGGCUGCCACGGGCUACCUGCACCAUGUCACUGGGCUCGUGGUUGCCUCCUUCAACAUCCGUGGUGGCCGAGAUGCCCCUGACCUUCUGAAGGUCAUCACAGAACCCUUCACAAAGCUCAUUAUCCAGCUGGACAAGACUGUCAUCACCAGCAUUGCCAUGGGGGAUGAGUCCCUGAGGAAUCACAGUCUCAUCCGGAUUUGGUGCCACCCAGACCCACAAGAGGCUUCCACUUCUGUGUCCAGGAUAGAGGCCAACAUCACCUUUGCAAACACCACCGUGGGGAAAUGCAGCCAUCUCUUCGUUGACACGGGGCUGCCAGACUUGGCCGUGGGGCUCAUCCUGUUGGCUGGCUCUCUGGUGGUUCUGUGCAGCUGUCUCAUUCUCCUAGUGAAGAUGCUCAACUCUCUGCUCAAGGGUCAAGUGGCCAACGUCAUCCAGAAGGUCAUCAAUACGGACUUUCCCGCCCCAUUCACCUGGGUCACGGGCUACUUUGCCAUGAUUGUGGGUGCCAGCAUGACCUUUGUUGUCCAGAGCAGUUCUGUAUUCACCUCAGCCAUCACCCCACUCAUCGGCCUGGGUGUGAUCAGUAUUGAGCGCGCCUACCCUCUCACCCUGGGUUCCAACAUUGGCACUACCACAACAGCCAUCCUGGCAGCACUGGCCAGCCCCAAGGAGAAGCUAUCCAGUUCCUUUCAGAUCGCCCUCUGUCACUUCUUCUUCAACAUCUCGGGCAUCUUGCUGUGGUACCCACUGCCCUGCACACGCCUGCCCAUCCGCAUGGCCAAGGCACUGGGCAAACGCACCGCCAAGUACCGCUGGUUUGCCGUCCUCUACCUCCUCGUGUGCUUCCUGCUUCUGCCCUCACUGGUGUUUGGCAUCUCCAUGGCAGGCUGGCAGGCUAUGGUGGGUGUGGGAGCACCCUUUGGGGCCCUGCUGGCCUUUGUGGUGCUCGUUAAUGUCCUGCAGAACCGAAGUCCUGGGCACCUACCCAAGUGGCUGCAGACGUGGGACUUCCUGCCCCGCUGGAUGCACUCUUUGCAGCCCCUGGAUGGCCUGAUCACACGAGUCACCUUGUGCUAUGCCAGGCCUGAGCCCCGUUCACCCCAACUUCCCCCUAGAGUCUUUCUGGAGGAGCUUCCCCCUGCCACACCUUCCCCCCGCCUCGCACUGCCCGCUCACCACAAUGCCACCCGUCUCUAGGAUGUGGGCCCAGACCAUUGCCUGGAGCAGGAAGCAGAGUGUUUAUGAAGCCCUCAGCAGAAGGGCAGAGGGGUGUGCGUGCACAUGUGUGUAGAUGCACAUUGGUUGAGGUUCAUGAUUUUGUGCUACCCUUGGGUACCCGUCCAGAUGCAGGGUCAUAGUGAUGUGGGCUUUUGUGAUUAAGAGGCAGUGUGCACAGGUACAUGUGUUAGAUGGUGCGUCUGUGUGGCCAUCAGGAUAGGUAUAGUCCACUUGUGAACAUUGUGUGUCAACCCAUGUAUGUGUACAGACAAGCCUACACAAUAGGUGUGUGUGUAUAUGCACAGGAGGCUGUAUACAAGGUGCAGGCUAGCUCGCCAUAAGUCUGGCUGUUUGUAGAUACAAGACCCGAGCUUGUGUCCUUGUGUAUACAGAUGACUACGAGUAAAGGUGGCUUUGGAUCGGU